AUGGGCGGCAGCUCCACCAGACUCACGUUGAGCUUCGGUGCGCCAUCACACGAUGUCCAUGAAGCGCUGUAUCAACAUCGGGUACACGAGCACAUGGAACGGCUGGACGGACUCCAAGACGUCGCCUGCACGCAGUUGCUGGGACACAAAGCGCUGCAGGGUCUCCGUGUCUUGCUUUCAGAACUGUCAGUCGCAGAUGAACACCAUCGAGUGGAAGUAGUUGGCGAGGGCGUUAGGGAGCUGCGGACGCAACCCGAGAGCUUCCAGUAG